GUCAGUUAUUUGGACGAAAUACGAAAGAAAAAUGGUGUUAACAUGGUGUGGAAAUAUUUUGUGCUAGAUAAAUUUGUAACAUCACAUAUCUCUGAUCAGUUUCUACGAAAUGUGGAUGAUAACCUGAAGAAUAUACAAGCUGCUGGUUUCACGGCUACAAUUAGAUUUUGUUACACAUUUACUAUGGCACUAAAAGCACCAUAUGGUGACGCUAAUAAAUACUGGAUACUUGAACAUAUCAAACAAUUAAAACCCAUGUUCCAUAAGCAUGAGGGUGUACUGACCUCCGUCCAAGCCGGGUUUAUUGGUACCUGGGGUGAAUGGUAUUACACGACACAUUUUGGUGACCCGUUGACAAUCGAUUACCACAAAUAUCCUAAAUAUGGUUAUCCAGAGAAUCUAUGGCAGGACAGAAAAGACGUAUUCACAGCUUUGUUGGAUGCUGUACCUAAAUCUAUUGAAGUUCAGUUACGACAUCCAAAGAUGAAAGUUGAUAUGUGGAAUGACGAAACUCCAACAACAUACGUCGACUUUCUUAAACGGAACAACAAGGCCAGAACAGCUCACCAUAACGAUUGCUUCUUGGCAUCUGAUAAUGACGUAGGUACAUACCAAAAUAAAACCUUUGAAUAUCCCUACAUGCAAAAUGACACUCGAUAUUGUAUUGUCGGUGGUGAAACCUGUAUAUGGAGAAGCGAUAAUCACAAAAGGAGUGACUGUCCCUCAGCUAUAAAUGAGAUGGCCAUGUUUCACUGGACGUUUUUAAACCAAAAUUUUUAUAGAGGUAUUCUGGAUUCUUGGAAAAAUCAAGGCUGUUACACAGAGAUUCAUCGACGAUUGGGCUAUAAACUUUCAUUGAAAAGGGUAAUUCUACCGAAGGUUAUAAAGUCUGGAGACUCUUUGUGUUAUGAAAUAUUGAUAAAGAACAGUGGAUUCGCUGCUCCUGCAAAACUUAUGAAUAUCUACUUGCUUCUUCGUUCACAAAAACAUGGACAUUUUUAUGCUGGUCAAAUGCCCAUUAAUGUGAGAACAUGGAUUCCAGGAGAACCGAUAGAAUUGACAGGAUCAUUCGCGAUGCCAACAUCGAUGAUCGAAGAUAAUUAUGAUGUGUAUCUUGCUAUAGGAGAUAAAAUAUUGCAUGGUAAAGCUGAUUACUAUAUUCUAUUUGCCAAUCACAAUGUUCCUGUUUAUUCUGCUGGAUAUAAUAAUUUACAUCACACCAUACAUAUUGCUGGAUCUCAUCCUAAUGGCGUGUGUCAAGCUAUACUGCCAUUAUGGACACCACCCACCCCUAGCCGAUAUCCACGAUUAUUUAAAGGUUCUAUGACACAGAUUAUUGGAUAAAUUGAAGCGGUUAAAGACUUAUAGUAGUAAAAAUAUCAAAUAAAAAUAUAUUUA